UUUAUUUAAUAAAGUAGUUAAAACGAUAAAUCCUUUUUUAUAAGUACCUAAUCAGUUUAGUCUUUAACGUCAACAAGGCAAGUGCUACAUCAUCUAAAUUGUAACGAAUACCUAUACAUAUCCUUGGUUAGUUGAUCAAAUAGUAUACAAGGCAUCGUGAAAAAGUCUAAACCACAAUAUUAUUUUUAAUAAUAUUGUGUCCAUCUACAGAAAAGUAUAAAUGAUAUUAAAAUGGAUGAUAGCAAAGUGGAACAUAACCCUAAUCCAAGGGAUAAGGCUAAUAUAUUCUCCAUACUGUUUUUCGGAUACACAUUUCCAAUUUUUAAAAAAGGUAUGAAAAAAGAUUUUGAUGUCGAAGAUUUAUAUAAUCCUCUCAAAGGCGAUAGAAGCACAGAAUUAGGAGACAUGCUGGAAAGAAACUGGGAAAAGCAAAAAACGAGAAAGGCAAAAAAUAAAAAACCGAGACUAUUGGUAGCUAUAUGGAAUACCUACUGGAUAGAAUAUUUACGAUUAGGCAUCUUAACUUUAUUUGGGGAUGUUAUAAUUAGAAUUAGUCAACCUUAUAUUCUUGGGUUGCUUCUGAAUUAUUACAAUCCCAAAUCUACAACUACCAAGGAGCAGGCUCUAGAAUACGCAGGAUUAAUAGUAGUUUUAAAUACUAUAUCAUCAUUCAUUAGGAAUCAAUUUAAUAUGAAUUCGAUGCAUGCUGGUAUGAGAGCUAGGGCUUCAGUUUCAUCUUUGAUAUACCGAAAAGCUUUGAAGCUCAGCAAAACAGCCAUUGGAAAAAAUUCGGUCGGAAAGAUAGUGAAUCUCUUAUCCAAUGAUGUAAACAGGUUUGAUUCGGCAUCUACUUUGAUCCAUCAAUUAUGGGUGGGACCUAUUUCAGCAAUAAUCAUUAUGUAUAUUAUUUUCCAAGAUGUCGGCUGGUCCGGAGCAUCAGGAGUGAUAACCAUAUUUUUAAUGAUGCCCCCGCAAAUUUAUAUCGGUAAACUCUCUGCCAAAUACCGGAGGAAGACAGCGGUCAAAACUGACGAAAGAAUUAGACUGAUGGACGAGGUUAUUGGUGGCAUUCAAGUUAUAAAAAUGUAUGCGUGGGAAAAACCCUUUACUAAACUAGUAGGAUUGGCCAGGAAAGCAGAAGUACAAAUAAUCAAAAGAGGACAAUACGUUCGGGGAGUGUUCAUGGCCUUCAAUUUGUUUAAUAAUAGAUUUGCCCUUUUCGCCACUUUGGCUAUGAUGGUAUUUACUGACAAGGCUGUUACAGCAGCAAGGGUAUAUGUCUUCAUGUCUUACUACCAAAUUUUAGCUGGAAGCUUAGCAAUGGUCUUUGUUAAUGGAAUCACUCAAUUCGCGGAACUUUUAGUUUCGGUAAACAGAAUUCAAGAAUUUCUGGAAAACGAAGAACAUCAGCAACUUCCGGCGAUACGGAGAUCUAUUAGCUCGAAUAUGUCAGAUAAUAAGGUUGUUUUGAAAAAUGUAACGGCGGCUUACGAUAGAAAUUUAGGCGAACCAACUUUGAAAAAAAUUAACAUUAAAGUAGAAAAAAAUUGUUUGCUGGGUAUUAUUGGACCAGUGGGAAGUGGAAAGAGCUCUUUACUCCAAACCAUUUUAGGGGAACUCGAUAUUAUUGAAGGAGAGGUUGUUGUAAAUGGUACGAUAUCGUAUGCUUCCCAAGAACCAUGGAUAUUUUCAGCCAGUAUCAGACAAAACAUACUGUUCGGCUCAGAAUACGACAAAAAACGAUACGAUGAAGUCAUACGCGUUUGCGAGCUCCAAAAAGAUCUGGACCAAUUUCCUGAUGCAGAUUUUGCUCUAAUAGGAGAAAACGGUGCUAAUCUCAGUGGCGGACAGAAGGCUAGAGUAAAUUUAGCUAGGGCAAUAUACAAGGAGGCUGAUAUUUAUCUAUUGGACGAUCCGCUUUCUGCGGUAGACAUUAUGGUGUCAAAAGUUUUAUAUGAGGACUGCAUUAAUGGAUUUUUAUCUAAAAAAGCUAGAAUAUUGAUCACUCAUCAAGUUCAUUACCUGACAUCAGCUGAUCAUGUUCUUGUGUUUAAUGAUGGAAGUAUAGAAAUUGAAGGUCGUUAUUCAGAUUUAGUCAAAAGUGAUAACCACUUAACCAUACAUCUAACUGAAGAAGCUGACGAGGUCCUUAAGCGCCAAUUAUCGCUUUCUGAAGCUUCUUUAGAAGAGGUCGAGGCAAAAGUUAGUGUUAAGGAACACCCCCAAGCAAACGGAAAAUUUAGAGAUAUAUCCAAAGCUAUGCAAGAAAAGACUUCAAAAGGAACCGUCAAAGGUUCUUUAUUACUUCAGUAUUUCCAGUCUGGUUUGAAUAUAUUCCAAAUAGUGUUCUUAAUUACUAUGCUUGGAAUAGCUCAGAGUUCAGCUUCUGUGAAUGAUUGGUUUAUAAGUUUUUGGACAAAUGUUGAAGAGAGUAGAGUUAAUACAAUCCUUGAAGUUGAUACCAAUUUUUUCAACACAACUGCUCCUAAUGGUACUACUCUAGAAGAUCAGACAUUUUCUAAAGCGGCUUCUAUAAUGUCUAAUUUAACAUUGAACGAUCAACCAUGGUACAUGACUUAUAGCAGUAACAGCUAUCUCAUCUUCUACGCAGCAAUUUUGGCAUUCUGUUUAGUCAGCACGAUGACUAGAUCAAUUUUAUAUUACAAAUUCGUCAUGAAAUGCGCUGUGUCGUUACAUGCUAUGCUUUACCAAGGAGUCACGAGUACUUAUAUGAAAUUUUUCGAUCAAAAUCCUAGCGGAAGAAUUUUGAAUAGGUUCUCUAAGGAUAUUGGUACUGUGGAUGAAGUUUUACCUAUGAUGCUGUUUGCUUCGUCAAGGACACUUCUUGGGAUGGUUGGUCAUUUGGCUCUGGUACUCUACGUCAAUCCGUACACAUUGAUAAUAGUUAUAAUAUUGGGUGUACUUUUUUCGUUUAUUCGUGACAUUUAUUUAAGAUCUUCUAAUAAUAUCAAGAGACUCGAGGGACGAAUGAAAAGCCCAGUGUUUAAUCAUCUAACAGCAUCUUUACAAGGUUUAACGACAAUAAGAGCUUUUAAAGCCGAAGAGAUUCUUAAAGUUGAAUUUGACAAGCAUCAAGAUUAUCACACGAGCGCUUGGUUCAUGUUUAUCAGCACAAAUUCUGCGUUUGGAUUUGCGCUUGAUUUCAUUUGUUUGAUGUUUAUAGGAUCGAUUACAUUCAGCUUAAUUUUGCUAGGGGACUAUUUUGGCUUAACAGGAGGUGACGUUGGUCUGGCAAUUAACCAAGCCACUGCUCUAACGAAUAGCAUUCAAUUCCUUGUACGUUUCUCUGCAAGUAUUUCUAAUCAGCUCAUGUCAGUUGAAAGAAUUUUGGAAUACAAAGGAUUGCCACCUGAAAUGCAGCCAGACAAACCCGUAAUUACCGACAAGAGUUGGCCAAAUCAAGGUCAAAUUAGUAUUAAGAAUGUGGUUAUGAAGUAUAAUGAUGACGGACCAGUUAUUUUGAAAGAUAUAUCUGUUAAUAUCAAGCCAAAAGAAAAGAUUGGUAUCGUCGGUAGAACAGGGGCAGGAAAAUCUUCACUUAUAGCAGCUAUAUUUAGACUAGCCACGCUAGAAGGAAAAAUUCAAAUCGACGGCAUCGACACCAAAGAUAUAACCUUAGAAAAACUGCGUUCGAAAGUCUCUAUAAUUCCGCAAGACCCAAUCCUGUUUUCCGGAACCCUUAGGUACAAUCUUGAUCCAUUCGAUGAAUACAACGACGAAGUAUUGUACAGGGCGAUAAACGAAGUUGAACUCAGAGACCCAAAUAAUAUUAUAAAUAGACUAGAAAAUAGAGUUAUGGACAGAGGUUCGAACUACAGUGUCGGACAAAGACAGUUAAUCUGUUUGGCGAGAGCCAUAAUUAGAAAUAAUAAAAUUUUGGUUUUGGAUGAAGCUACUGCCAAUGUGGAUCCUCAAACUGACGCUUUAAUCCAAAAAACUAUACAGGAUAAGUUUGCAGAAUGCACUGUUCUAACAGUGGCUCAUCGCCUCCACACCAUCAUAGAAUCUGAUAAAAUUUUAGUAUUAGACAACGGUGAAAUUAUAGAAUUUGAUCAUCCUCAUUUACUACUACAAAACGAAAAAAGCAUUUUCCGUCAGAUGGUCGAAGAAACUGGUCAGAACACGUUGAGACUGUUUGAAGAGACGUGUAGUGUUAAUUAUCAGAAAUUACAAAUUUAACUCAAUACUUAAUUUAUUAUAUAUAUUAUUUUUUAUUGAAUGUGAUAUUUGAAUUUUGUAAUCGUUUUAUUCGAAAUAAAAGUUAUUU